AUGGCCUUUUCUUGGGACAUCUCUGAGAACCGUGGCGUGUCACCACAGGAAGAGACCUUCGAAUGUUCCAAAUCCACCCUCAUUUCACGGAUGAAGAACCUCAGUCCAGGAGCCAGGAAGAGGCGUGCCACAGCGCACGAGCCUAGUGAACGAGGGAUCCUCAUCGCCCACAUCCAGAUGCGCCUGCUUCCUCUACGCCAGAAGAAGGCCCACCUCAUGGAGAUCCAGGUGAAUGGAGGCACAGUGGCUGAAAAACUGGACUGGGCCCGUGAGAGGCUAGAGCAACAGGUCCCUGUGAACCAAGUGUUUGGACAGGAUGAGAUGAUCGACGUCAUCGGGGUCACCAAAGGCAAAGGCUACAAAGGGGUCACCAGCCGCUGGCACACCAAGAAGCUGCCCCGCAAGACCCACCGAGGGCUGCGCAAGGUGGCCUGUAUUGGGGCGUGGCAUCCUGCCCGCGUGGCCUUCUCGGUGGCCCGGGCUGGGCAGAAAGGCUACCAUCACCGCACUGAGAUCAACAAGAAGAUCUACAAGAUUGGCCAGGGCUACCUCAUCAAGGAUGGCAAACUCAUCAAGAACAACGCCUCCACCGAUUACAACCUGUCUGACAAGAGCAUCAACCCUCUGGGUGGCUUUGUCCAUUACGGUGAAGUGACCAAUGACUUUGUCAUGCUGAAAGGCUGUGUGGUGGGAACCAAGAAGCGGGUGCUCACUCUCCGCAAGUCCUUGCUGGUGCAGACCAAACGGCGGGCCCUGGAGAAGAUUGGCCUGAAGUUCAUCGACACCACGUCCAAGUUUGGCCAUGGCCGCUUCCAGACUGUGGAGGAGAAGAAAGCAUUCAUGGGACCACUUAAGAAAGACCGAAUUGCAAAGGAGGAAGGAGCGUAGUGUCAAGAACAGAUUGUGCAGCUGGUGGGAUCUCAAUAAAAGUUAUUUUCCAGU